AUGUGCACUAAAAAUAAUCCGUCUUUAAAUAUAGCGGCACUUGGUCGUCCGUUCCAACUUGGAAUGUUGUAUGACUAUAGAAGCGAUAAACUUAUCCCCGAUAUAUCAGUAUGGGAAUCGGAUCCAUCUUCGCAACACAUUAGUUGGCAGCCAUUAUCAUGGAAGAAAUGUGAACUUUAUAUGACAGAUACUUUCACCGAAAAAGCAGAUUUAUUAAACAUUGAUAACAAUCUUAAACUGAGUGUAUUAGCUAACCUUGUUAAGUUAUCACGUUCGGAAAAAUUAAUUGAUGAUCGAAACCAAACAAAUCAUGUUCUACGAUUUAUUUUAAAGUAUUCAGUGACAAAAAAUCUUCAUGCAUUAACAAUGACUAAUAUGAAAAUAAGAGAUUCAAAAUAUCGAGAAGUACUAGAUCAAAAAAUUGCUACUCAUAUUGUUACUGAUAUUGUUUAUGGUGGUGAUAUAUUUUUCGUAUUAGAUCGUACAUUAUCAAAUGAUGAAGAUCGUACAGAUAUUGAAAAUCGUAUCAAACAAUUUUUGAUAAAAUUUGAAACAUUUCAAGUACUCGAUAAUGGUACAUUGAAUUGGAAUUAUCAUGAAAAAGAACUAGCUCAAACAUUAAGAUGUCAAUAUUAUGGUGAUUUUCCAACAGACUCGAAUCCAAGAACAUUUGAAGAAAUUGUAAAACUAUACAAACAUUUAUUGAAAUCUACACAGCAACUUUAUGAUAUUGUAGUAAUAAAACAAGUACGGAUAUAUCCGCUGUAUUUGUUGGAUAAAUUUCGUUUAGCAAAGAAAAAUUUUCAUCAAAUUAAUGAUCUUAUCCUUAUCGAAUCUUUGAAAAUUUUUGAUAAUUUUUAUCGAUUCGAAGUGACUUUAUAUGAUUUAAAAAGUAGUUUAUCAUUCAUUAGAAUAUUCUAUCGAACUGAAGAGCAAAUAUUAAUAGUUCUAAAUCGACUAUCUGAUAUAGAAAAUAAUACGAGAAAUGAAAUGAUGAAAUUGUUACCGAAAAUUCGUGCUGGUUUUGUGAAAGAAACGGCUCUGACUAAGCUGUUGAGCAAACUUGAUUUGUCUCCAUGCAAUCAACCAAGGCUAACCGAUUGGAUUCAAUUUAAAAGAGAAGAAAUCAAUAUAUUUAAGGAUUUUAUGAAUGAUCUAAGAAAACAAGAUAAUAUUCGACAAUUAGCAAGACCAUUUGCUGAGGUUCAAAAGAACUAUGCAUCACAAUCUAUUCUUCGUUUGAUUAUUCAUGUCACAGCGAAAAAUGAUUUAUUUUUAAAGGAAAUACUCCAGUGUCUUGAUGGGAAUAUAAAAGAAUUAACACAUCAAUAUACAACACAAGAUUUUUGGUUCAAUGAUGAUAAUCUGUCGUUGAUUAUGAACCGCAUUCGGUUAUUUAUUAAAUUUGCCGAACUCAAUAACUCUCAACCAAAUUUUGAAUUUAUUGUUAAUGAAGAAUAUGCAGAUGAAUUUCAAAUGAAUAAAGGGGUGACAUGUCUUCUUUAUGAAAAUAGUGUUGCGACCAAUUUCGAAAUUCCAAGUAAACCAGGACGACCAAUUGCAACAAAGGUUUCAGAUUGCAACGUAACACUUCAUUGGGCUAAACCUAUCUACGGAAGUCAACAUAUUCAACACUAUAAGAUUUACAGUAAAUGUAUUAUGCCGAAUUCCAAAUGGAAAUUAUUAUUAUCGACAACUGAUGCAAAAACAUCCGUGAAUAUUCCGCAUCUUAGAAAAAGAAAAUAUCAGUUUAAAAUACAAGGCACUACUUUAGUGGGUGAUACGAUUGAAAGUGAUGCUAGUGAUAUAAUUGGUUAG